AUGUCAACCACCCCGCCACGACUGCCACAGCUUCAGGGCCUCACCCCGCUGCGCUUCUCGCCCUACCGACGCAGCGGCAACAGUCCUCGAAGCAAACGACUCAGCAACUACCGACGAGACGGACACAAACACCCCUCCCACAACAAGCAGGGAGUCGCAUCCAAGACGCUGGCGACCUCGACGUCGAUGGACUCGCUGGCGUCCAUCUCGUCCGUGUCGGCGGACGUGAUUUUCCAGGACCUACGCAAGAGCGAGGUCAACUAUCUGGAGGAGCUCCAGCUACUGAUCCAGAGCGAUCUGAGCCCGCGAAUGACCUCGGUUGUCAGAAAGCUCAAGUUGCUGCACGAUAACAUGCCCACAGAUGGCUUUUUCAAUUGGGCCCGAGACGUUACUCCCCUAUACGCCUCUUAUAUUUCCGAAUACACCAUCGACGCCACCACAUCAACACACAUGCUCUAUCUUCUCAAGCGCCCCCUUGUGCGAAUCCGGUACCUCGCUAAGGUGAUGAAGAAGCUGGCAGAAAACUCGCCUGAGUUUGAGAGCAGACGCCAGACCGCUAUCAAGUUCAGAGACCUCACACGUCUGGCACGUGACCGAGCCGAGUCUGAGCGAGAGCGGGUCGAUCUCACCACCUUCAACUUUGACCGGGUUGUUCACUUUGACAACCUCCAGGAGACGUACGACGACUUUGACUACACCACCACCCUGCAUCGAGACUACUUUGAAAUGUGUGUCAAACACCGAAGUGGAAAGUCCUUUGAGAAGAAAAUGGUCGAGGUGUUUCUGGUCACAGACACAGUCACCCCCAACAAGGGUAUGCCAAGCAACAAGAUUUCGGCCGAUGCAUUCACAGACACCUUCCAGGGCUUAGCUAUUUGUGCUCUUGAAGACCCCGGCCGAAGUCUUCUUUUCCCUCGGUUCAAGAGAGGCGACUUUGUGCUGGUUGAGCAGCCCAAGUCCCGUCUUUCCAGUCGACAGGCCAAGUACGAAAUCGUGCUGCAAGCAUCCAACCACAGCACAGUGGUGUUAUACUGCCCAGAGUUGGACCAGGUGAAGCUGUGGUCACGAGUUCUGGGCCACCUGUUUGGCCAUGUGACCGAUUAUUCUGCUUCCAAGGCGUCUUCCGAUCUGCUAAAACUCACUUUUGGCCGUGAGUAUUCCUUCGGCAUUGAGUCUUCUCGCAUUCUUGCUGGAGGCGGCGGUCUCGGAAUUGAGAUCAAGGAGGAGAAACAGGAGGAAGUAAACAAAAAGGAGAAGCUUGUGGACAAGCCCCUACCUCGAGACAUCAAGAACGUUCCCCAAUUGGAAUCGUCCUUGUCUCUGGGUGACUCUCUGUUUGGAGAGUCUCUCGACAAGUUCAAGUACGACAAGCCCGUUGAGGCUCUGAACGUUGUCAAGAACAAAAAGGAAGAGAAAGAGCAGAUCAAGCCUGCACCAACUACUGCCCCCCCUCCUCCUCCUGCUCCCACUGUGGCCGCUCCUGCUCCUCCUUCCAAGCCCUCGUUUGCAGCAGCAGCCCUUGUUGCCAGUGACGUGACCAAGGGUGAUUCUGUCAAGCCCGUUGACGUUAUCAAGCUCGUCACUGAGGCACCAUCUCAGUCCACAUCUAUGGAAUCGUUCACCAGCGAAAUUAUGGAUCGAGGAAGCAGCGAUUCCAGCUGGAGCGAGUUGGAGGAGGAAGAUGUUGAGGAGGAAGUCGAGGAGGAGGAAACCAAGCCUCUCGUCCGAGAUGAGUCGCGUGGCUCCGUUGAUUUGCCCAUCAUCGAGCCCAAAGAGUGCUCCUCACCUGCAUCCACUCUGCGACCCAUGUCGGCCUAUGAGACCGCCUCCGAGCAGACCCCCGCCUCUCCUAACUUCCCUCCUCGGCCUAGAGACAACUCUGCCGCCAUUGCUACCCGCCGAUGUGCUGCAGCCACUUCUCUGGUCGAGGCCCGGGUUCCGGCAGCCAACAGAGAUGCCUUUAACAAGUCUUCUUCUGUGAUUGGCGGCAACCAGUACGAGACCAUGACGUCGUUCACCGCCAAUACCACCCCAAGCGGCUUGAAGCCUCUGCCCUGGAAAUCCUCGGCAAUGCUGCGAUCAAACAGGUUCGUGCCUCUGCCUCCGGACGGCGCCCAGAGCAAGUUUUCCCCCGAGCUUGAGGAGGACAGUGGCUUCAAGUUUGGCAAAAAGUGGUGGUCGCGAAGCGGGAAGACCAAGGAGGCCAAGCGGCAGGAGAAGGAAACGAAGCGGCUGGAGAAAGAGGCUGUGAAGGAGCGCGAGCGACUCUGGUACGAGAACAACAAGAAGGAGAAGGAGGAUAGACUGCGGGAGAUGCGACGUGAGAAGGAGAAGACUGUGGUGGCCGAGGAAGCCGUGAGUGAGCAUACUCCUGCCACCAAGAGCCGCAACGCCUUUGCUGCUCUCAAGACCGUCUCUCAGCUGGUCAAGUCCAAGCCUCCCACUUUCGAGCCCACUUUCCAGAUGAUCCAGCCCAAGUCCGAUUACUCUGCCAGUCCUUCAUCUCUGUCGUCUUGUUCCAUUGACACUCCCCGAAUGUCUGCUCUUCUGCCCUCCCCUCUGGUGCUACAGAACCCCGCUCGAAAUCAGCCUGCUACUGUUGAGCAAAACAACACUGGAUUUGACGCUGUUCCUGUUGAGCGAGUGGACGGCUUUGAGAUGGUGUCUCCCACUCAGAAUGCCAUGACUGCCCCCCUUCCUCAGGUGCCGGUUAUGCAGUCUACUCAGGACGUACCUCCUGUGCCCACAGUCAAGGUUGAGGCUCCCACUCCUGUCGUUGCGUCUAUUCCUGUUGUGCCUACCAUUGCUGCCGCCUUUGCGAGCACCAAGGCGGCCAAGGUUCCUGUGGCAGCACCUCCUGUUCCUGCUGCACCUGUUUCGGCACCACCCGUUCCUCAGACUGCUUCUACCAUGCCCUACAACAUGGACAACUCUUCUGUGGCCACCAUCACUGCCACGAACAUUUCCACAGCUGACAUUGCCACCGAAGCUUCUGCGUCCACAUCCAGCUUCGUAACUGCCCCCUCUGUCUCCCCUCCUAAGAAGCUUGCUCCCCCUCCUCCUCCUUCUCGACGAAAGAACAGUGCUUCUUCCACCGCCUCGUCGUCGUCCAUCAAGUCCGAUCUGCAGGCCAUGUCCCGGUCGCUCAACGAGUCUCUGUCUCGUUCUGCCUCCCAGUCAAUGAGCACUUCCACUUCGACUUCCACAAUCGCCUCCCUUGCUAAUGAAGAGAAGGAGUUGAUGCGAAGUGGCAGCAUCCACAGCUCAGCUGAUGUUGCUGCCACUGUUGUGAAACAGCUCGAGGCCCCCUCUCGAUCGCCCUCUCUCUCGCACCACCUCCGGUCGGCCAAAUCCAUGGACUCUCUACCCUCUUCCAUCUCUUCCAAGAGCAUUGCCAGCAUGGGACGGGAGGAUUCCGGAUUCAGUUUCCUUGAACCUGGUUUCUUCGGCAACAGUGAGCAACAGGAACAGGACCAUGAGCACAACUCUGACUCUGACUCCGACGCUGACUCUGUCCAUCUGCUUGAUACUCCUGAGAUCGAGCAGCUGGAAAUGACGCAAGUCAAGGCAAAGGCCGUGAUGGUCACCUCCAAGCUCCCCUCAGAGCCCUCGGACUCGUCCAUUUCGUCCAAGCGAUCCAUUGCGUCUGGUACAUCGUCUACGUCGGUCACCUCGGCCUCCUCCUCCAAGAACUCCAUCCGAUUCACUCCACUGAGAAACGCAAAGUCCGAAGAGAUGCUGCUCAAGUCUGGCCCUUCGUCCUUCAACAAGGCCGCGUCCACCUCGUCUUCUUCGUCCGAGGAAUCUGAGGAGUCUGAUACUCUUGCUCCCCUGAUCAAGGUCAAGCAGCGAGUGUCACGAGUGGGUUCUCCUGCCGAGUGUCUGGCAGCUCCUGCGGUGGUCACCUCUGUCAAUGACGGUACUACCAUCUUCACUGUCAACGCCUUCACUUCUCGGUGGAAGGGCAACUCUUGGGAGACACUGUCUGAUUCGAUGAUUGCUCUCAAGGUGUGUAUUGGCUCUGAGGGCGGUCGUCUAGAAGUUGGUGCCAACUCCAUUCUGCUCAACAAGCAGUCUGCUCUGCGACGAGGAACCGCUGUCGAUGUGCAGCUCCGCCAGUCGACGGAUAUUUACUCGUUCCGACUGCGAAACUCCCGGGAAGCCGACGCACUGCUGUCGGCAUGCAACUCGGCCAAAAAGGACCUUGUGGAGCGACCCCUCGUCUCCAACCGGUCUUCCUACACGGCCUCCAUCUGCUCAGAUAGCUCUUUGGGUACCGUGGGUUCUGGAUCUGGCCCCUUGAGUCUCAAGCCCCGAAACAAGCUGUCUCUGCUGGCCCAGGACGAUGGACUUCUGCUUCUGCAGAAUCUCAAGGCUAGACUUUUCCUGUCUCCUCGAAUGUCCAAGCUCUGGCUUGGUCUGGGCGUGGGGCUGGUCACCGUUAACGUGUCCACCGAGGAUCUGAUGACCAAUGCCAAGACGGUGACUAUGAAGCAGCAGGGUUUUGGAGAAGCCGUGUUUUCGGGCUCUCUCCCCGCCCAGGCCUUUGCCAAGGACGGCAAUGGCAUCCGGGUGUACGCUGACUAUCAGCAGCUCGGCCACGACGCCAUGUCUCAACGAGACCUGUCGUCUAACGUUUACUACCUCCAGUUGAAGGGUGAAAAGGAGGUUGAUAGAGUGUUUGAAAUCUUUACCACCAGUUAG